UAACCAUGACACAAUCCGAAGAACUGAUACAAGCGAUAGAGGCAGAAGGGAAUAUCAAAGUGCAUGCGGAUGAAAUUGAAAACUUAUCCGAAUCUAUUUCGGAAACUACCUACGAGGCUCAAGUCCAAGCUGAAGUGGUAGGGGUGGCUUCCAGCAAGCUGGAAACCGUACAGGAUGGAGCAUUGUUGGAAUCAUGUACACAAGCAGUCGAAGUGAAAGUCACAUCAACUUUCAGCGAUGGAGUCCAUAAAGAAUACCAAAGAUGCAGAAAGCUUAGGCCAAUUGGAGUCAUUGCUCGGCGCCUUGAAGGGGCUUCACACAGGCAGAAAUGGACAUUCAAAAGACAUAGGCGGCUUGGAACCGGAUGACUCCGAUUAUGAGCAACAGGUAUCCGGCGGAUUUGAUACUGAACAGGAUGAUGACUGCGACUUCGAUGAAGAUGAGCUUGAUUAUGAUUUUGAGCAAGAUUAUGAGGACAAUAUCCGUACUACCAAGAAGCUAGACUUCAGGAAAGGGGGCGUCUCUAUUAUGAGUGAUAAGCGUCAGAGGCGCAAAGUAGAUGACCUACUUCGUGAUGAACUAGAAAAUAUUCUGCCACUUUGGCGAUCUGGAGCCAUCCAGGACGGUGAUGGCGCUAGCAGGCGAUUCGCGUCGAGAGCAAAAGGAUAUGACAUUUAUGACUCAGAUGAUGACUUUUUAUUGGCAAGCUCCGUGGCUGGUGGCAAGCAAAAAAAGAAGAAGAAUAGUAACAAAAAGAAGGAGCCUCAUGGUGGCAGCUUUGAAACUCUUAUGGAUCUUAAUCGGCAAAUUGAGCACUUUGUCAAAGACCGUAGUAGUGACAAUCUGCAUCUGCCUCCCAUGCCCAAACCUCUUCGUCGUAAGAUCCAUCUGCUGUGUAAUCAUUACAAUCUGAAGUCUGAAAGCGUUGGCUCUGGCAAGCGCCGUUACCCGAUCCUGAUCAAGACUGAUCGCACCAAAAUGCCUAUCAACCCUGUCAAUGUUAACAAGCUUUUGAACCAAUCUGAGAAUGAGUUGAAGGCACUUUCUAUUCAAUUCCAAGGCAGUAAUAGUCGCAAAAGUGGCUAUGAGCAUGGUAAUGGGAACAAUGGGAACAGUGGAGGAGGCAGAGGAGGUCAAGGUGGCUACAAGGACAACCGAAAUAACAAAAAAGGACGUAAUAGCGGAUCUAGCAUGGCAGUCCCCGGAUCAAUCGUUGGUGCUUCAGCAUCUGCUAUUUCUGUUGAUAAUGUGGGCCAUCGCAUGCUGUCAAAGCUGGGGUGGACCCCUGGAGUCGGUUUGGGUGCGACAGGUGAGGGCAUCACACAACCCAUCGAAGCGAUCAUCCGUGCCAAGAACCGAGGCCUCGGACAUGAAUAGCAUAUUUGGUAUUCAUAUACUGAAGCUGCAAAGUUUUCUGUAUACCUUUUUGCUUUCAAUAUAUCAAUGAAUAACAAACCCUUAAGUAAUCAAAAAGACUUCAAUAAAAAAAUUUUCUUAGGACCUGAUCAACCUCAUCUCA